CUGUAUCCUCUGCUCGGCGCUCUCUAGCACCUUUCCAACCCUCUCCAGUACCGUACCUACAGCCCAUGCUCGGGCUCCCCCCUCCCCACUGGAUCCGUACCCUUCGACAUGGAUGUCCCGCCGUCCCUCGACCCGGAGGAUUGUUGUUUCUUGGCGCAGUGAAGGAGGAGAAGGAGAAGGGGAAGGGGAAGGAAUCAUGCCGGGACUGCUAAUGGAUUUAGGGAAAGCGCAAGUGACCAUGCCGUGAUCUUGCGCAUCCAGGGCCGCCGUCACCCUGCCUUGCCCAACGAGCGUAGAAGAAUUACGGGGGAAUCGAACCCGCGCACCGGGGGGAUUAAACCACUGUGCAUUUUUUUAAAAACAACAUGAAGAUUACCUCCCAUCAUCUGAUGAUAAGCAGUCUCGUUUUCAGGUCCAACCUCAGGCUGAUCCCGCUUCUGCUGCUGUUUCUUGGUUACUCUCGCGGGAUGCCACACGUUUUAAGAUUUGGAGGAAUAUUUGAAUCCAUUGAGAGCGGACCCUCCGGAGCAGAGGAACUAGCCUUUAAAUUUGCCUUGAACACAAUCAACAGGAACCGCACAUUGCUCCCCAACACCACGCUGACCUAUGACAUCCAGAGAAUAAACAUCUUUGACAGCUUUGAGGCCUCCAGGAAAGCAUGUGAUCAGCUUUCCCUCGGGGUGGCGGCCAUUUUUGGCCCCUCACACAGCUCGUCGGCCAACGCAGUGCAAUCCAUCUGCAAUGCUCUGGGAGUGCCCCACAUUCAGACCAAGUGGAAGCAUCAAGUAUCCGACAACAGAGACUCGUACUAUGUCAGCCUGUACCCCGACUUCUCCUCCCUCAGUAGAGCCAUCCUCGACCUGGUGCACUUCUUCAAGUGGAGAACAGUCACUGUCGUGUACGACGACAGCACAGGUACAGGUCUCAUUCGACUGCAGGAGCUGAUCAAGGCACCGUCACGAUACAACAUUCGUUUGAAGAUCCGACAGCUGCCCACAGAGACCAAGGAUGCCAAGCCACUUCUGAAGGAGAUGAAGAAGGCAAAGGAGUUCCAUGUCAUCUUUGAUUGUGGACAUGAGAUGGCUGCCUGGAUCCUAAAACAGGCGCUGGCCAUGGGUAUGAUGACAGAGUACUACCAUUAUAUUUUUACUACCCUGGACCUUUUUGCCCUCGACAUGGAGCCGUACCGUUAUAGUGGAGUCAACAUGACUGGGUUCCGCAUCCUCAAUACAGAAAACUCUCAGGUGUCGUCAAUCAUCGAGAAGUGGUCAAUGGAGCGGCUACAAGCCCCACCCAAACCGGAUUCAGGCCUGCUGGAUGGAUUCAUGACGACGGAUGCAGCACUGAUGUACGACGCCGUGCAUGUGGUGGCGGUGGCGGUGCAGCAAUCGCAGCAGAUCACGGUCAGCUCUCUGCAGUGUAAUCGCCACAAGCCGUGGCGCUUCGGGGGGCGUUUCAUCAGCCUCAUCAAAGAGGCCCACUGGGACGGUUUGACAGGACGUGUUCUCUUCAACAAGACCAAUGGACUGAGGACAGAUUUCGACCUGGAUGUCAUCAGUCUGAAGGAGGACGGGCUGGAAAAGAUUGGAACAUGGGAUCCUCCCAGCGGUCUGAAUAUGACAGAGUCUCACAAAAGCAAGACGUCCAACAUCACCGACUCUCUGGCUAACAAAUCCCUGCGUGUAUCCACCAUACUGGAGGAGCCAUAUGUGAUGUUUAAGAAGUCGGACAAGCCUCUGUAUGGAAAUGACCGUUUCGAGGGCUACUGUAUCGACCUCCUGAGGGAGCUCUCUGGGAUCCUGGGCUUCCGCUAUGAGGUGCGAUUAGUGGAAGAUGGGAAGUACGGCGCACUGGAUGAGAGCUCAGGCCAAUGGAACGGCAUGGUGCGAGAGCUAAUGGACCAUAAAGCAGACCUGGCAGUGGCUCCUCUGGCCAUCACCUACGUCAGGGAGAAGGUCAUCGACUUCUCAAAGCCCUUCAUGACGCUGGGGAUAAGUAUCCUGUACCGCAAGCCCAACGGCACCAACCCCGGGGUCUUCUCCUUCCUCAACCCCCUCUCGCCAGAUAUCUGGAUGUAUAUUCUGCUGGCUUGCUUGGGUGUCAGUUGUGUGCUGUUUGUCAUAGCCAGGUUUAGCCCUUACGAGUGGUACAACCCGCAUCCAUGCAACCCAGACUCUGAUGUAGUGGAAAACAAUUUUACGCUGCUCAAUAGUUUCUGGUUUGGAGUUGGGGCUCUCAUGCAGCAAGGCUCAGAGCUCAUGCCCAAGGCCCUGUCGACUCGAAUAGUGGGAGGCAUCUGGUGGUUCUUCACCCUCAUCAUCAUUUCGUCAUAUACAGCCAACUUGGCUGCCUUCCUCACUGUGGAGAGGAUGGAGUCGCCCAUAGACUCAGCUGACGACCUGGCCAAGCAAACUAAAAUCCUGUACGGGGUGGUAGAGGACGGCGCCACCAUGACCUUCUUCAAGAAAACAAAAAUCUCCACCUACGACAAGAUGUGGGAGUUCAUGAACAGCAGGAGGCAAUCUGUGAUGGUCAAGAACGUAGAGGAGGGCAUCCAGCGCGUCCUGACCUCCGACUAUGCCUUCCUCAUGGAGUCCACCACCAUCGAGUUUGUCACCCAACGCAACUGCAACCUCACACAGGUCGGAGGCCUCAUAGACUCCAAAGCCUAUGGAGUGGGGACACCUAUGGGCUCGCCGUACAGAGACAAGAUCACGAUAGCCAUUCUGCAGCUGCAGGAGGAAGGGAAGCUGCACAUGAUGAAGGAGAAGUGGUGGAGAGGGAACGGCUGUCCCGAGGAGGAGAGCAAAGAGGCCAGCGCUCUGGGCGUGCAGAACAUUGGCGGGAUCUUCAUCGUGCUGGCUGCAGGACUGGUGCUGUCAGUGUUUGUGGCUGUAGGGGAGGUACUUUACAAGUCCAAGCAGAACGCCCAGCUGGAGAAGCGAUCAUUCUGCAGCGCCAUGAUGGAUGAGCUGCGUGUGUCUCUGAAGUGCCAACGCCGUCUCAAACAGAAGCCUCAGCCGCCCGUCAUCGUUAAGACAGAGGAGGUCAUUAACAUGCACACUUUCAACGACAGGAGACUCCCAGGAAAGGAAACCAUGGCAUGAGCACUGAACAUACCCGGAACAUGCCCCUCGCUAAAAACCAUAGAGGUGAGAAAAUGGGGCUCAAUUUAAUUCUGACUUUAACCACAGACUGAGGCUAGCAGUCAAACCAGGACUCCUUUUGAACCCACUUGCUUAUGUAGACAGAUGUUUCCUGUGGAAAUAUAGAUACCUGAGCAGUGUCACCUCACUGUGACGUUCACUUUUAGAAAGGAGCUGGAAAGGAUGGACUUCAAAGUGUAUAAAUUGAAAAGAGAUCCAAGCAGGUUUGGGUCAAAACAUAAGUCCGGUCCGCAGUAGAAGUGGACUUUAACACAUACGCAUAACACAUACACAUGCACAUGCACACGCGCACACACACACACACACACACACACA